CAUUGUAUUUUUCUCUUCAGCUGCGUCUCGUACCCUCCGCUGCUGCCUCCUUGGCUUGGCUGUCGCUGCCCACUGGAUCAAAGCUCGAAAAGACCAGACUCUUCCACAACCUUCUUAUCCAUUUGAACGUGGAAAUGGAAUGCGGUGAAAGGGCGGACAACUGAGGACCAGUUCCUCGAUUUUCUCGAUCCGAAAGAGACGAGGAAAGAGCGAACCUGCUGGAUUGCCUUUGUUUGGAUUCUUUUUCUUUUUUUUUGUUUUGAUUAAAAUGAGAUCGAGCCGACGGUUAGAGAGCGAGGUGUUGGAGAAGUGGAUUCACAGGUACUGAUUUUCGUCCCCACGACGGAUCUUUAAGGAUGUGGGCGAUCUGGAUUUUGGUAGUACGAUCGUUUUGUCUUGAAGGUGUUUGUUCUAGCCAGUUGGUAGUUUUGGGAUUAGUUGGUGUCUUUUUACCUGUUCUUAGAUCUUAAUAAUGGGUUUUUGAGCAUUUAUUGUGUAUUUCAUGCCGAUCCCGAUCAUUUGGUUUGUAAAUGUUUGAUAUUCAGUGCUGCUUUUAGCGAAGUGUUUCAUCUCACUCGCUUUCUUGGCUUAGCUCAAUUUUUGCGGGCAAGAGAUGGUUUUGAAAACGCGAUUCUGGAAUUUAGAAUUGGAUAGUUGGUUUUUCGGUCGAUGCUACUAAUCACUUUAACAGUGGAAGAGCCGGGGCUCAUUAACUGGCUCACGAAGGUGACUUGAAGGCAAGGAGUUAGGUAUUUAUCUCUUGGAGGAGUCCCUAUUGAUUUUGGAUAUUUAGUGGUUAUUUUACAGAAAUGGAUUGAAUGAAGUUCCCUCCGAUCAAAUGUUGAGAGCAUUGUGCCAUGGCUUGCUGUUUAUGUUACUUAUGCUUUCUGCUUCGGCCAUUGAGAUUGGAUAUCCUCGCUGCAAUUGUGAUAUUGACGGCUUCUUGAGCGCUGAAGGCAUCCUUCAAUGCCAGAAAGUAAGCGACUUCUUGAUUGCGGCUGCAUACUUUUCCAUACCUCUUGAGCUCUUAUAUUUUGCAACAUGCUCGGAUCUGUUCCCCUUCAAAUGGAUCGUCUUCCAGUUCGGGGCCUUCAUAGUCCUUUGCGGACUUACCCACCUGCUCAAUGUGUUUACAUACGAACCUCACUCAUUUCUAUUGAUGUUGAGCCUCACGAUAUCCAAGCUCUUCACUGCACUGGUCUCUUUUGCGACUGCAAUAACUCUCUUAACUUUGAUCCCUCAGCUUUUGAGAGUGAAGGUGAGGGAGAAUUUUCUGAGAAUAAAAGCGAGGGAACUGGACAGGGAGGUUGUAUUGAUGAAGAGGCAAGAAGAGGCGAGUUGGCAUGUGAGAAUGCUAACUCAGGAGAUUCGGAAGUCCCUUGAUCGGCAUACUAUCCUCUACACAACUUUGGUUGAGCUUUCAAAAACCUUGGGGCUGCAGAAUUGUGCAGUUUGGAUGCCUGAUGAAGGUAGGAAGGUGAUGAACUUGACCCAUGAGUUGAGACAAAGACGCUAUGAGCAAUCAAUUCCCCUUGAUGAUCAGGAUGUAGUAGAAGUUAAUGAAUCAAAGGGUGUAAGAAUACUUAGACCCAAUUCUCUGCUAGCAUUGGCAAGCAGUGGGUUGGCAAGCAGUGGGGGAGAUCCUGAGCCAGGACCUAUUGCUGCAAUUAGGAUGCCGAUGCUGAAGGUGUCCAAUUUCAAGGGUGGGACACCAGAGCUAGUCCAAGCCUCUUAUGCUAUAUUGGUCCUAGUUCUCCCUAGAGCUGAAUCUAGGAUUUGGAGCUGUCAUGAGCUAGAGAUUAUUGAAGUAGUUGCUGAUCAAGUUGCUGUUGCUCUUUCACAUGCUGCUGUGUUGGAAGAGUCACAGUUAAUGAGGGAUAAACUUGCUGAACAGAAUAGGGAUUUGCUGCAAGAGAAGCAGAAUGCCUUGAUGGCAAGUGAAGCAAGAAAUUCUUUCCAAAGGGUCAUGAGCCAGGGAAUGAGAAGGCCAAUACACUCCAUUUUGGGACUGUUAUCUAUGAUGCAACAGGAAAAAUUGAGUUCUGAGCAAAAACUUAUCAUCAACACUAUCACAAAAACCAGUGGUGUUGUUUCAACUUUGAUUACCGAUGCAAUGGAAAUAUCUAAUAUCGACAGCGAGAGGUUGACUUUGGAGAUGAAAUCUUUUCAUUUGCAUUCUAUGAUCAAAGAGGCUGCUAGCGUUGCUAGGUGUCUUUGUGAUUGUAGAGGAUUUGGUUUUGGUGUUCAGGUUGAUAAUGCUGUGCCUGAUAGAGUUGUUGGUGAUGAGAAGAGAAUAUUUCAUGUUAUACUCCAUGUGAUUGAUAAAUUGUUAAGUGGUUAUGAUGAUGGAUUUGUUAGUUUCCAAGUUCAUUCCUCUAGUGAGGCCCAAGACAGUCAAGAUCACGAAUGGAUCAUAUGGAAAUCAAACUUUCCAGGUGUUUCUGUAAAGUUUGAGAUUGGGAUCAGAACACCUGACUGUAGUGACUCAAGUACAUCUGUUCCACAAGCUUGGAGACUGAAUGCUGAAGGCUAUGACAUGGGCCUGAGUUUCAAUAUGUGCAAAAAACUUGUGCAGAUGAUGCAUGGGGAUAUCUGGGUGAUUCCUAAUUCAAAUGGUUUUCCCAGAAGUAUAAAACUAGUUCUUCAAUUCCAACAACAACCCCUCACCCCGAUCUCCGAGUUGGGUGGAUCAUCAGGACACCAGCACAGCCACUCCAUACCAAACUUCAAAGGUCUCAGAGUUCUAUUAGCAGAUGAUGAUGAUGUCAACAGAGCUGUUACAAGAAAGCUUCUUGAGAAGCUUGGUUGCAAUGUCACAUCUGUUUCUUCUGGAAUCCAGUGCAUCUCUUCUCUCAGCAACUCUGAUACUCUCUACCAGCUUGUGAUUCUUGAUCUUCACAUGCCAUUGAUGAAUGGAUUUGAAGUCGCCAUGAGGAUCCGGAAGCUGAGAAGCCGGUCUUGGCCGGCAAUCGUGGCUCUGACGGCGAGUGCGGAGGAACAUGUGUGGCAGCGAUGCUUGCAGGCCGGUAUGAAUGGUUUGAUCAGGAAACCAAUUAUGCUGCAACCCAUGGGAGAUGAGCUAUAUAGAGUCCUUCACAAUACUUAGAACAGGGAUGAUAUACAAUUAUAUCAGAUUUUGGUUAAUGCACAUGUAUACAGAUUUCUGGUUAGUGAUUCAUUCAUGUUGGCAGAUCUCACUUGGAAAGCAUUGAAUGGGGAUAAUUAUUCCAUUUAUUAAUUAGUUUUGAUUAUAAAUUCUAGUAAGAGUUCAUCUGGAUCUGGUUGCUUGUAGAUAGGAAACAUAUUUUAUAAAAUGAUGAUUUUCUUUUCUCCUGUUUU